CUGAGUUCUAAGCCCUUAACCGAAAGAACUUUAUUGAUUGGGUUCAGAAGAUCUGCUCAUUCCUCGAACUACACUUUUCAGGACAAUCACCAAUGCUACUCGGACCAUGGUCAAGAGCAGGCGUCGUUCAGAGCCGCUUAUGUUAUAACUUAUUGUUACAAAAGACCGCUUUGUCUGCAACCGACAAAGUCCCUGUUUGCGCAUGGAGAUCAGUCGUCGCCGCGGGCAGUUCCGUUCAUAAAAGGCAACACACAUACCAUCGACCAUAUACCACAAACAUCGAAUCCAAACCGACCUCGCCACUAGACAACACAUCCUCGACCCGAAAUGCUACCGCAGCCACUGAACCGAGCGAGAAUGACCUGGCAACAUCGGAAAGGCUACGCAAAGUGCUUAGGAAGGUCCCAUUUCCCGUCGUUGUUGUCUCUACGGCCUCGCCUCACGAUCCAUCGCUUCGUCGUGGUAUCACCGUCUCCUCCUUCACGUCAAUCUCCCUCCAGCCAAUACCUUUAAUUUCGUUUUGUGUGAAGCUUCCGUCGCGAGCAUCGACCAUCUUGCACGAGUCAGAUCAGUUUGUGGUUCAGUUCCUGGGGGCUGAUCAGAUUGCACACUCUGUCGCCUUUUCGUCUUCAGUCCCACCACCAUCCUCAGUCCGUGCUGCAUUGUCAAUUUCAGAAUCAGCAGCAGUGUUACCGUCAUCGUCGUCCUCAAAUCCAGAGUUAUCUCAGGAAGAAGGACAAUUGAGAGCAGCUCGAUCUAGGGUACCUCAGGACAAGGACAUUCAGGAUUUGGUUUCCGAGGCGAGCAGGCAGACUUUAAUCGAAAGCACCGGCAAGGGAACUUCUGCAAAAACGUCAUCUACAGGUAUUGGAAAGGGCAGUAUCAGCAACGAAAGUAACGGCGCAUCAGCAGCCUCGCCAUCAUCAGGCUCUUCUGAACCGGACCCAUUUGAGGUAUUGGGAUAUAGGACAGAUCCCGAGUCGAAUUUGCCGGUGCUCCUUGAUACUCUUGGAGCGAUACGUUGCAGGACGCACCAAGUGAUGGUUGUGGGCGACCACGAGAUGUGGAUUGGCCACGUAGAGAAGGUACUGCAUGGCGAGAUUGCGGACCAGCAUGAGGCACUGCUGUACCACGAUCGGUCGUACCGGAGGGUUGGGCGCAGGAUCAUCAAAUAAACGCAGCUAUGAAACCAAACCACAGAGAUGAAAGGACUG